CCUCGUGUUGUGAAAGAGCAGGUAAACUGAUUGCGCAUCUGACACACACGCACACACACACACACACACACACUGCAGCUACAGUCAGUCACUGCCUCACAUGAGCGCGCUUCUGCUGCCUUUCACUCCUCACUGACUGUCACACGAUCGCUGUACCUGUGCCUUCAGUCCCACAAGGGCGAAAAUUUCACCAUGAGUGAGGAGACUGAAGUUUGGGUGUAGCUGUUCAGUGGAGCAAGAUAUCACAAACGCAGUGUCUAUAAUCCCGCAAAAUAGACGAUGGGUGAAGCCGAAGAUGAGAAGAACCAGUCAGGACGACUAUUUGAGAACUUUGUUCAGGCCACUGACUGUAAAAGCACCCUGCAGGCCUUCAAUAUCAUGUGCGGUUACCUUGAGCUUGACCCUCUGGAGCACAGCAGCUUCUACAGCGGCCUGAAGAGCACGGUGACCAGCUGGAAAGCCAAAGCCCUUUGGAGUAAGCUGGACAAGAGAGCCAGCCACAAAGAGUACAAGAAAGGCAAAGCGUGCGAGGGCAUUAAGUGCUUGAUUAUUGGAGGAGGCCCCUGCGGCUUGCGGACUGCCAUCGAGUUAGCUUUCCUCGGAGCCAAAGUGGUGGUUAUAGAGAAGAGAGAUACAUUCUCCAGGAACAACGUCCUACAUCUCUGGCCUUACACCAUUCAUGACCUCAGGGCCUUAGGAGCCAAGAAGUUCUAUGGAAAGUUCUGUGCUGGAGCAAUAGACCACAUCAGCAUUCGGCAGCUCCAGCUCAUGCUCCUGAAGAUCGCUCUGCUUCUGGGAGUGGAGUUUCACGUAAAUGUGGAGUUCAUCAAGCUGGUGGAGCCUCCAGAGGACCAGGAGAAUGAGGGGCCGGGCUGGAGGGCAGAGAUCCGUCCCGCGGAUCACCCUGUGGCUGACUUCGACUUUGAUGUGGUGGUGGGAGCUGAUGGGAGACGAAACUCUUUAGAAGGGUUCAGGAGGAAGGAAUUUCGUGGCAAACUGGCCAUCGCCAUAACAGCAAACUUUAUCAACAGAAACACCACCGCUGAGGCAAAGGUCGAGGAGAUAAGUGGAGUUGCCUUCAUCUUCAACCAGAAAUUCUUUCAGGAUCUCAGACAGGAAACCGGAAUUGAUCUAGAGAACAUUGUCUACUACAAAGACAACACACAUUACUUUGUCAUGACAGCUAAGAAGCAGAGCCUGUUGGACAAAGGUGUCAUCAUUCAUGAUUAUAUCGACACUGAGGCACUGCUGAACAGUGAAAACGUGAAUCAAGAGGCUUUGCUGGCAUACGCACGAGAGGCAGCCGACUACGCCACCCACUACCAGCUGCCCACGCUGGACUACGCCACCAACCACUGCGCUCAGCCUGAUGUGGCCAUGUUCGACUUCACCAGCAUGUACGCCUCCGAAAGUGCCGCUCUCGUCCGGGAGAGGUUUGGUCACAGUGUGCUGGUGGCACUAGUGGGAGAUAGUCUUCUAGAGCCCUUCUGGCCUAUGGGGACGGGCUGUGCCCGCGGCUUCCUGGCAGCCUUUGACACGGCUUGGAUGGUGAAAAGUUGGGCGCAGGAUAGAAAUCCUCUCGAGGUGCUGGCAGAGAGGGAGAGUCUGUACCGAUUGUUACCUCAAACAACACCUGAAAACAUCGCCAAAAACUUUGAUUUGUACACCAUAGAUCCGGGAACACGCUAUCCCAACCUCAAUUCAAACUGUGUCAGGCCACACCAGGUCCGCAACAACUAUAUCUGUGGAGAGAUGAAGCCGUGCUCUCUGGAACGGGCCGCCACCAUACGCCGCCCCGUUAACUUAGCCCGGCGAGAGUCUGAGAUCAGGCCGAGUCGGUUACUGACGUGGUGUCAGAAGCAGACGGAGGGCUACAGGGCUGUGGAUGUGACUGACCUCACUUCCUGCUGGAGCAGUGGUCUGGCUCUCUGUGCUCUCAUACAUCGCUUCAGACCACAGCUCAUUGACUAUGACUCUCUCAAUGAGCAAGACUGUGCCAGAAACCUUCAGCUGGCAUUUGAUGUGGCGGAGAAGGAGUUUGGCAUUAAGCCUUUCAUCACAGGGAAAGAGCUGGCGGCAGGUCAGGAGCCGGACAAGACCAGCAUGUGCAACUACCUCUCCAAGAUCUACGAGCUCUUUCGGGGAACGCCUCUACCUCCUUCAGAUUCAAAGCGAGAUGGUGAUGCAAAUAAUGAAAAAUAUCCAUCAGGUUCUUCCAGGCCUGUUUACAAGUCAUUGAGUUUGCUUCAGCCUCGUAAACGCAUACCCAAGAAUGACAAAAAGACUGAAGACAAUGAUGCCAUAUACAAGAGAAGACGGAAGAUAAGUUACUUAGAAGAGCCAAUCAGAUCCAUCAAUCAGAGUUUUCCUUCAUCCAGUGAGGGGCGGGAACUGAAAGAAAACAAGGUCAAGUUUAUGGCCACUCAGCUUCUAGCAAAAUUUGAAGACAGCACUGCAAGCUGCUCUAUUCGCAGACAGUCUGACUCUAAUGAUGAGAGGCCUCCAAGACCUCCAUCGCUCGAUAUGACCGAUAGCCCUCUCUUUAACAUUAUCAAGAAGAAAGUCCCACCACCCCCACCCCCUAAAAAACAGUUUCCAUCCAUCGCCUGUGUGCAACACUCUGAGGAGCCCUCGGCUCUUCUCUUCCCUUCGCUUCAUUCUAGUCCUCUGAAUCCACGGAGGAAACCACUUCAGCCGACUCACACACACACUCACACACAAUCAGAGGCAGAGAACACAGCUGACUCAGACUCAGGAAAUCCAGCCACCUGCCACUCAGCAGUGCUGGCCAUGAGAGCAAUGCUCCAGCGCCUCCAGAGGGUGGAAGAAGAGAUUAGCCAGAGGAAAGCCCAGUCUCAAAAGGCCAGGGAGUUUCAUAAAAAAAGCAUAAAGGAGAAGGCUGUGCAUUUGAGCUCUCUGUUCUCUGGCGAGGCCUGCUCUCCACCUCAGACGGAUAUACCUCAGACUGGGCAGCUAGACAUGCAGCUUUGUGAAGAGAAGAGAGAAUCAGUGAAAAGCUCAAAGCCUCACUCUUCAUCUCUCCAUUUUCCUCAUUCCAUCCCACUGACCACCCCUUCAUGUCCUCUCCCACAAUGCACUGCUGCUUCCUGUCCUCCACUCAUUUCAUCCUAUCCCUCUCUGCUGUUACAGCAGGUGUCUAAAACCAAACCAUUAGAUGCAAAGCACUUUAUAAAGGAGAUACAGGGAGAUACAGUGAGUUCUUCCCAUCUGUUAAGCAGUCGCAGAACGUCUCAUUUUAGGCAUCAGAGCGAAACCCAGAUCCCCCAGUCAGAGGAAAACAGAAACUUUAACGUACCUGAUAAGACCAGUUCUUCCACUAUCCAUCCUCAUCAGUCUAACUCCAUAACAUUUCACCCCAUCCCAAAAUGCACUGCUCCACUCCAUCUUUCCUUUACGUUCUGCUCUGCUUCUUCAUUACGCAGUAAAUUAAAGCCAGAAAUACUUCAUUGCAUAAACGUGCAAGAAGAAGCAAUGUGUAACUCAGAAAUGUCUGCCACCAGCAGUAGCACAACAUCCUUUACUGUAAGAAAACAAACAGAUGUUCCUCAGUCAAAUGGAGACUCAUAUGCUCCCGAACAGCGCACAGUAGGCAAAGUGUCUCUGAUCGCGGGUGCUAGAGCUAACUCUCUGGUUACCCUCGAUGAAAAUGAUCAUAUGCCCCAGGCAAGCAGCUCUGACAGUCCGCCUUCCUUAAAAAGAGAGUUUCCUCAGAGUCUGGGUGAUGUGUGUCACGUGUGUAAGAAGCGGGUGUUUGUGGUGGAGAGGCUCAGUGCAGAGGGAUUCCACUUCCACAGGGAAUGCUUCCGCUGUCAUACCUGCAGAGCUCCACUGCGCCAGGGAGGGCAUUCCUUCGAUUCAGAGGAAGGAAAGUUGUACUGCAAACUCCACUUUGCUCAACGGAAACCCUUAGUCAAGAAUGGAGGGACACCGAUUCUACGCACGACAUGUAAUGAGGAAUCCCACGACGGCUCCAGCUGGAGUCCAGAGGGACGUGAGCAUCGUCUCCAGGACGAGUCUCCAGGUAUCCUGUCCUCCCUGAAGAGAAGCCUGCGCUGGCCGCUGCACGUGAGCCAGACUGUGUGUGCUGUGCCUCGCCGUGUGUUUAACUGGCUGCAUGGUAAAGUGUGGGCCACAGGAGUCCACCUGCGGGAUAAUGUCGAGGAUUACACCUUCCUGUAUGAACUGCUCAGUGUGAGUCUGCCUCUGCUCGCCGUUCUCCAUGAACAGCUGGUCCAGAUGUACGCAGAGGCCGAGCCGCUCAAUCUACAGCCUCUACAGCACUGGCUGGAAGAGCACAUGGGCCACUGGGUCUUAGUGUGAGAGAAACAUCGCCAGGACCCUUUAAAAGGGUUCAUAUCUGAAAUGUCCUGGUUUGGAUUGCGCACAAAUUACCAAAGCCUUUCUCAAUUACGAAGGUUUGCGUAAAGAGAAAAAAAGUGUCAAACACGGAGUGAACUUUAAGCACUUUAAUGAGUGAUCUGCCUUCAUAUGCACGAUUAAGAGUGAUGUUCUGAUUUUAGUUAUUAAUGAACGUUUUUUAUUCAGACUGCAAGUUUACAAAACCUGACCGAUCAAGCUGCAAACAUGCCUCGUCAUUAACAUGGAAGUCACAUUCUUCUCACAUGUUUACAUAUCUUAUGAAAAACAUACAGCAUGGCUGUUAAAAGGAAUGUUUUCCUGGCUCAACGCAAGCUAAUCUAUUGACAGCAUCUGUGAAAAUGUUGCCGACUAUCACCGAAAAUAACAGCAUCUUAUCCUUCAUACCGUUAAAACAAACAAGAAUGACAAUGGAAGUCUGUGGGACAAGACAUUCCACAGGAUUUAAAGCGGAAAUGUGCAUCUUAAAUUUCUAUCAAAGCGUCUGUAGUAAUUUAUCAAAACAUAGGGUGUGUUAUCUGAGCUGAGCAUUUUUUUGUGGUGUAACACACUAGUGACUUGUCUAUAUUAACUCAAUGUGUUGUCUUUUGUGGCUGGACGUUCAAAACAGUGUGAGCAUUUUAGGACUUUAACAUUUAAUCCUGUGUUUUAUCUUGUCCUGUAUACUUCCAUUGAAACUGCAUUGCUGUUGAAGUGAUUUUUUUUUCAGUUAUUUCCUGUUAACAGAUGCUGUCCAUAGAGUUCAUCUUAAAGUUUAACUUUAAGCCAUAAAGACUACGUUCUUACAUGUGUGCUGUAUAUGUAACUAGGGAUGCAUAGAUUUGGACUUUUUACCGGAUAUCAGUUAUUAUAUUUUCAGCCAAUAGAUGACAACAAUAGGUGCAACAACAGAAAACAUCCUUAAAAAAAUUGAUGUGAACUAUUGGAAUAAAGAAAUGAUACAACAAAGAAUAAAAAUAAACUAUACAUUUAAAAAAAAAAAUCGUACAGGCUCGUACAGGCUAAGAUUCAGAUAACAUCAAAAAGUCACAUUUACAGGCUAAUAUAAAUACAGAUAUGUCAUGCACCGCUCUAUGAAACAAAAUACCAAAUAUGUACACAAAGCAUAAGCAGACAGUUUCAAAUGCACAUUAAUUUCAUCUCCUGUAGUCUCAAUCAUAGUCAAUCGUAGUCUCUCAUUUGAUUCACUGGACUAUUAAUGCGGUUUCUUCUGAUGUCAUUUGCUACCUACGAUGUGCUGUCUGAGGGCAGGGCAAUACUGUACUUAUAGAUUUUACAGUAUCGCAUGUAAGUGCAAUUAAAGUGCACAUUUUUUCCCCAGUCAGAACUUACUGAGAAGUAUUAAUAAUAUGAAACACACUUUAUGUUAACACUGGAAGGCGAAGCUAGUUUGGGAUGUGUUAAUUAGUAUGAAUGGUGAUUGCAGAUCACCAAAUUCAAAUGACAUGCAUGAAAAUAAAGCACGGAUCAUUAAAUCUGUUAAAUCCAUGUUUGUGCAUUAGCAGCCCAUUUUGAUACACUGUUUACAAGCUGCCUUUUGAUUCACUUCUCAUGUAUGUUUCUCAUUUUUUAUUCACUUGUAGUCCUUUUCGACCUCUCCACUGCGUCUGCUCCUGACUUGCUGUGAGCAACGCUGAUCCAAAGGUGAUCGUGUGCAAGGUCACGCUUACAGCAUCUUUGACCUGUUUUACAGCUGUGGACAUGCACGCUGCAUGACACUAACCGCCUGCCUCUGUUUCUCUCAUCUGCACGUCACGUCCGACAUGUUUCUCUUCUCUGUCUUUCUUCAAGGCUUGUUAAUUACUUGCUCAUGCAGCCUCUGUCUUUUCUUCAUUUCUUUCUGUUUCAGAGUUGGCUUACAUUUCAGAAACCUUCAGGCAGGCGCCCGUGUGCCUCUAUGAAAGCAGGUCGUUAGGCCUUUAGUUAAAGUAGCACCUUUUAUCUGACAUGUUGUAAAACUGUUUGAAGUUGUUUGCUGUGUAUUUUCAAUUUGAAACAGUUGUUGUUGCCUUAUUUAUAUUAAGCCAUACUCUUGCAAUAAAAGAAAAAUCAAA